UAUAGUUGCCUGCUCUGCAGGCGGCGGAGGCAGUACGUCUUUGCCCUUCGUGACGCCUCCGUGCGGUUCUCUCGGUGAAUGUCCGCUAUCGGAGGGGUCUGACAGUGAGAAUGCUGGAAAGAGGUGCUUCAGUGUGGGAAGUCGGCCAAGUUGUAACGGUCAUAUGGACGGCGGCAGUCGUACAGGUCGAAAAAAUGGACGUGCAGAUUCUUCGAACUCCGCUCAUCGGGGUGCGGCGAGUUCUUCAGCAGGAGGACUAGGAUCUUCGAGGCAAGCAUCGACACCGAGAAAACGAGGCCCAGGUGGCUUUGGAGCACCACCAAUGAGAACGUACAUGCAAAAUGACGACGAUGGAGAGGGAUCCUCAAUAGCUUCUAGCAGCGGACAUAACAGAUGGGGCUCAUCUUUGGCGGAUCCUUGGCCAGCUCCUUCGGACUUCCACAACUAUGGGACAGAGCCGUCGACACCUAGUGGGGCACGGCCGCCAAGCUCAUGGUCGCAUACGGGU